UCUCGUGAAUGUAGGUUAUGUCGGAGGAGAAUAAAAAUAUAUUUUCAUCCUUCGAUUGUACAUCGAAGCAAUCGUCACCUGAUGGGAUAAUCAAUUAUGUCGCGCAAGUGUCUUUCGACUCUGGUGAUUCUUUAGAGGAUAUUUAUGAAGAAAUCGAUUGGGAAUCUCUUGACAUUGUGAAAUUACUCCGUUCAUUAGGAGUAUGCAAAAAUGUCAUUAAAAAAUUUAUUGAUAACGGAUACGAUAUCGAAUUACUCAAAGUUAUACAAAGAAAAGAAAUUGAAACCCUUGUUUGCGAGCCGUACCUUGCAGAUCGAACAAGAAUCAUAUCUGGUUUAAACUCCUGGAGAAUCUCACAGAACCUGCCUCCAAUAAGUUCACCUUUGAAGUCAAGUGAGAAUGUUAGUAGCACCCACCGAAGUCCAAUGAAAAGCGAGAACUGUACUGCCUCUUUCUUACUGAAUAAUUCAGCCAGAGGUAAACGGAUCCUGAAAGUGUACGAAGAGACGAAAGUAUUGAGUAAAACAGACAGGAGAAACAUUACGCACAUAGUCAUCGACGAGUAGAAAGACCGCUUUGGGAAAUUGACUCACAAUCAGCUUGAAGACCGGGCAGCGGAGCUUAGUAAACUGUUUCCAUCACCGUUGAACUGAAAAAAGGUGAACCAUGAAAUCAUCAAAUUUGAAUUAUUUUUUUAAGAUCGAGAAUUUUUUGUAUUUCCA